AAUGGUCGUCUUGAGAAGGGCUGUAUUUGUCUCCUCAUGCAGAGUGACAAUCCUGGUGAGCGGAAGGGCGUGAAGACUCCACCUGAGAACUUUAUUCUGUAGGCGCUGGAGCGCAGCAUUCGGGAUUUACUAAUCGUGACCCACGCAUAGGAACCAUACGUUAGUGAGGGUAGGACAACGGAGUGAUACAACCGGAGCUUGGUAUCUAAAUUCAGGUCUCGGCUGGAGCGGGUACAAGUUUGUGGGGCUCUUAUAGGAUAUAUUUAUACAACCAUAAUUAGCUCAGAUUUUUAAGCCUAUAUCAUGCAUGUUCAACAGUUGUCCAUCAUUGUCAGAAAGAUGUCCGAAGUUUUGCAUUAUACAACUUACGUACGUGUGUUUUUUCGCUCAUAAAAAAAUCCAGUUGCAUUCACAACAGGAUCUACAGCUAGAAAAUCGUCGACGGUAUGAAUUCAAAAAGGAACUACGAAGCAAGGUGAAUACACAGUAGAACGGAACGGUGAAGUUUUGAUUUGCCAAGCCACACAUAGAGCGCAGCAGUUACCAGAAAAGUUGUGAUAUCGGCCAUGGUACCUGGAACUCCAAUUUGUUGGGCAGAAAUCAACGUUCAAGUGCGCCGAUGUAAAAUUCUCUUUCCUUUGUUGACGAUUUAUUAACAUUUUUAAUCAUUUCUGUUGCCUUUUCAUUAUGGAAAGACAAGCAAUAUUUCCUUGAAACUCGUGCGUAUCGUAAUAUCACAGGCUUCUCGUGUUGCAGGCAAAUAGCAACACAGCGUACUGUCGUUAAAUGGCUACUCGUAACAUAAUUGCAGCGAGUGCUUAUUUCACCAUGUAAAUUUAAUAGCGUUUCAACGAAAGUUUUACCUUAAGUGGAGAAUUGUGUGGAUACAGAAUACCGCAGCGGCACUGAAAGUAUAUGUCAUAUUAUUCGCAACAUUAUGUCCGAAGUAUUCACAUUAGCCGAAACUAUAUUUGCAUUUUGAGUUACAUAACAACUCGUCGCAUAAAAAUGAAAGGUUACACUUGAAGCCAUGAAUUCUCUUAUCUGUUAAAGGUCAGUGUUCAGUAUGUUCGUACCUCGAAAGUUUUGUGAAAAAUGCAUACAGUCAUCACUAAAAUUAUUAGACUUUCAGAGUCCAAUCGUUUUUAAAACUGCGAAGUUUAGCGCACCGUCUGCUCAAGAACCUACUAAAUACUCACGACAAAUGAUUGAGCUAAAAGAUCCCAGAGAACUGGAAAAGCGUCAGAAGUUUUGGGAGAUGGAGAAAGAGAUGGAGUCGAAGGUUCAGUACGCUCAGCUCACUGCAGAGGAAAGAAUUAUUCACGAAGCACACGCAGAAGCCGUCCGGCGCGGUCAUUUCACGUACGAUGAUCCAGCAACUGGAGACCGAAUCAAAACACGUUUGCGCCACUUUCUAAAAGGAAGAUGUUGUGGAAAAGCUUGUAGACACUGCAUUUUUGACCAUGAGAAGGUACCUGACGCCAAGAAGAAAACUAGCCGAUUUAACUCUUCCUUCUGGGUGUAUGAUGAUGAUGCAGUGGACAAGGAGAAUGAUGAGAAAAUGAAAGCAUUGUAUGGCUUAUAGUUAACAGGGAAGAAUUUUUUCAGUGCAAGGUAUAAAAUAAAAAAAGAACAUGUCUCUCCUCACACAACUAUAUUUUUUGUCACUGUAUAUGAGGAGACGAUUCAGUGGCGGAUGGUGAUGCAGUAUUCAGCACUAUUUCUUAGAUUGUCUCAUAGUUCUGUUUAAAUCUGUGUAAAUGUGAUAUGACUGUCAGUAUUAUGCUACAAUUAUAUCUUAAAGAACUCUGAAUGAAACUGUUUAAAUUAUUUGUGGGUAUGUGAACUGUAUAUAAAUAAAAACAAAUGUCAUUUAA